CCGGCAACGGCUCCCGGCGGGCAGCGGCGGCGGCGGCGCAUUAAAACAAAAUGUCAUCGUCAUCCUCGUCUUUACCUGUACAUAACUGUACUGCUCCUUUAUUGGACUUUGAUCUUCAGGAAAAGUAUCUUCUUCCUCAUGCUACUGAGUUAAACAGUAAAAACCUUGACACUUUGAUGCAGAAAUUAAGUGAAAACGAAACCCGAAACACUAAUCUCAGGAGAAAAAUACUUGAAAGGGAGAAACAUGUUAAAGAACUUUCAUCCAGACUUCAGCUUGAAAAAGUCAAUGUACAGAAAGAAGGCCACCUGUCAAGAUCAGUAAAGGCAGUACAAGCUCACCUACAGUGUCAGAUUCAAAGAAAAGAAGUGGAAAAUUAUAAACUAAAAGUGAAAAUACAGACUCUAGAAGAGAAAAUAGCAAAGUGGAAACUUCAAGUUUGUGAAUGCAAGCGUCAGAUGCUAGCCUUAAGGGAAACAAGUAAGCAAAAGAAGACAACUCUGAAAAAAGCAAUCAGGUCCCAGAAACAAAGAGCUGAAUGCUUUGAAGCAGCUGUGGAAAAUUUAACCUCCAGAAUAAGAGAACGUGAAGUCAAACUGUCUGAGAUACUGUCAGCUUCUGAUGUCUGGAAAAGCCAGCAUGGUAGAAUGGUUGAAGGAAAGAUGACAUUAGAAAUUCAAAUAGAAGAUCUGAAGAAGCAGAUCACGAGCCUUUUGGAAGACCUGAAAAAAAAGGAGGAAUGGAGAAGAAGCUCAGAUGAGGAAAUUCUUGGAAAGCUAAAUUCUGUUAACUCUGAAAAUGAAAAGAUUUACCUUGAAAAUGAAAAAUUAAAGGUUUACCUUGCUACAUUGGAAAACAGUGCUGUUUCUGUUGAAAAUGAGCUGCUAAAUCUGCAAGAAAAGGCAAAGCUGCAGAAAAACCUUGUUGAGCAGUACAAAAAUCAGGUACAAAAAUUACAAACAGCAGUAGAAGAAUUGAAAUCCAGAUGUGGAACAGUCUUAAAUGAAAACAAAAGAAUAACAGAAACCAAAUGCUUAGAAGUAGAUAAGGUGAGGGACAAAACAGAGUUAAAGGAGUUAGAACAAGUUUGUGACUUGCUGAAAGCAGCUGAGGAGAAGCAACAAGCAUAUCAGGAAAAUCUCAUAUCCUGGGAAAGGAUCCAUACACAGAAAUGCAAAACCCUUAAGGAGCUGCAGGUUCAGGCAUCUUCAACUAGAAAUGAAUUGUCAUUUUCACAUGAGGAAGACAGUGUAACUUCCAUGAGCAGUCAUUUCUUAGAAGAAGAAAACCAUAACAUUCAGAAGAAAUACGAAGAUCUUAAAAGGCAAUUAGAAAAGAUGGAAUUUCAAAAUGAAGAACUUGCGUGUCAGCUCAAAAAAGAAGAUGAGAAUCUUCAGUGCAGUAAAUUGCAUCUUGAAGAGAAAAUUGCAGAAUACAAUGGAUUAACCAGACAACUGGAAUCUGCUUUAGAAGAAGGGAGAAAAAUGAUAGCUGAAGAACUGGAAAAAAUGUCAUACAAAGAACAAGCCCUUCAGACAAAAAUAUUAGUUCUUGAAACUGAAGUGAGAGAAGGGCAAGAAGAGAAAAAACAGCUCCUUUGCAUAUUUCACCGUAAUGAAAAGCACCAUGAAGUAUGUUUGAAAGAGCUGGAGAACAGCCUGCAGAAGUCAGAGAACAAGAACCACAGCAUCCAGAAUUAUGUGCAGUUUUUGAAAGCUUCAUAUAUAACAAUGUUUGGCUGAACUCUUUAGUUUAUUUAAUAAUAAAGAAAAUUUUCAAUAUUUGGCUCUAACUCUUGUUGGAGGCAAGACUAUUGAGGCCUUAUAGUAUUUUGCAGGAUUGAGUACUAUAAUGUUAGUUCUUGCCUAGGAAAACCUCCGCUGUGGGCAGGGAAAAGCAGGUCAGUCAUCACGUUAUAUCCUACUGGCUGGUCACAUAUGGGAAAUUUACCUGGUAUUACUGAUAUAAAGAAUUGUAUUAUUCAUGGAACAGAAGUGACAAGGCAGACUGCAUGACAAUAGGGACAGGUGUGUAAGUGUGGGGUAUGAGUACAAAGUUGUAAAUUGGACUGUCAAUUUACCAUGUGUUAGGUCCCAUGCUGCAAUUUCUUACCUAUGUCCUUUUAGUCCAUGGAAAAAGCAGAUGAUCACUGAUUACCUUUCAACUCACAUCAGGUAAGACAAUCCCCAUGGACUGGUUGCAUAACAAUUCAUGUAUUUUAAUUAUUAAUACAUAUAUAAUAUUUAUUAGUCAUUAUACUUUUGUUACUGUAGAAAUCUAGUUGCCCAAGAUAAUGAUAUCUAUUCUACCAAGACAGGCAAAAAUUUAGAGAGCAUUAGGUUCCCUUCCUUUCUUUUCCCUAUAGCUUAGUACCAAUAUAGCAGGUCCUGCUAUGCUGCAUGGAGUAGUUGCCGCCACAAGGCUGUCCCAUCCAGCCUUUUUUCACUAUAUCCCAUUAUGAUCAGAGGUAUACUAUAGAAAUAUUUUACAAAUAUAAGUAGGAAAAUAUUUUAGAUACAGAUACAGUUUAAGCUCUGAAUAUGUUGAUAUACCCUUUCACGGUGACACAGCUCCAAUAAGGUAUUAAAUAUUUGUCUGUGUUUGAGUACUAGAGCUGCUGUUCACUGAAGUAAGACUGAGUUAUGCCUCAGGUUAAGCAUGUAAACAGUCAGCUGAUACAGGGCUAAUAGAAAAAACAAUUCUGAUUGAGAAUGUAAUUGUUUUUAUAGAUAUAUGCCGUGAUGUUUUUUGAGAAUUAGUACAUUCAGGUAAAUAUAUGUAAUUUAGAAUGUGUAUUUAAAUACUAUAUAUUUUUUUGACUGAGAACCCAAAUUAAUUCAUGCAUAGACAAUACCUGCUUGUUAGACAUAUUAUUUUAUUGUUAGUUAUUUAUAAUGUGUAGAAUGUUGAUUUUUUUUAUUUUUUUUUUUUUUAAUUCCUGUGUCAUUUGCAAGAAAUAGAUCAGGAAUUAUU